AUGGUCUUGUCCAGGAAUCUGAAUCUCAACAGAACUGAUGUUCUAGCAGACGAGUCCCUUGAUCAUCAGUUGAGAGGAUACUUCGACAGAGAAUUUAACGAGCGCCUCAGCAAUGAUAAAGAAGAACUGUCAAGAAAUGAUCAGCAUUUCUUGGAUAUAAUGAACUCAUCCAAGAGAUUAACAGGAGGACACUACCAGAUGUCUCUGCCAUUCAAAGAUUCCAAAAUCAACUUACCAAACAAUAAAGUACAGGCCAAAGAAAGAGCUUUUUCGCUUAAGAAGAAGUUUCUGAAGAACGAUGCUUUCUACAGAGAUUACAAAGGCUUUAUGAAGGAUCUCCUAGAUAAAGAUUAUGCCCAAAGGGUUCCCGAGAGUAAGAAAGAUCGUCAGGAUGGGAAGGUGUGGUACAUACCACAUGAUGGUGUAUACCAUCCAAAGAAAACAGGUAAGAUAAGAGUGGUAUUCGACUGUGCAGCAGAAUACAGAGGAAAAUCACUAAAUGACCACCUGCUACAGGGGCCGGAUCUCACCAAUGCCUUAAUCGGAGUGCUCCUGAGAUUUCGCCAAGAACCAAUAGCUCUAAUGGCGGACAUUGAAGCCAUGUUUUACCAGGUCAGAGUUGAACCAGAUGAUUAUGAUGUUCUAAGAUUCUUUUGGUGGCCCAAUGGAAAUCUCGAUGAAGAAUUACAGGAAUAUCAGAUGAAAGUGCACUUGUUUGGCGCUGUCUCUUCACCAAGUUGUGCCAACUUUGCACUGAAAGAAACAGCAAAAGACAACAAGGACAUGUUUAGCAACAAUGUGAUCCAUGCCCUUGAAAACAGUUUCUAUGUGGAUGACUGUCUCACGUCAGUCGCGUCUGACGAAAUAGCGAUUGAGAUGUCACAGAAACUGAGAGAAAUCUGCAGUAAAGGUGGAUUCCGUUUGACAAAAUGGAUAAGUAACAGCAGAGCUGCAAUAAACUCAAUCCCAGAAGAGGAUCGAGCCAAAGAAGUUAAAGACUUAGACAUAGAUGAUGCCUUGCCAGUGGAGAGGGCAUUAGGUGUACAAUGGUGUGUCGAAUCAGACACAUUUAAGUUCAGGAUAGCAGUCAAAGACAAACCAGCAACGAGAAGAGGCAUUCUGUCAACUGUCAGCUCCAUAUAUGAUCCACUGGGAUUCGCAGGUCCUUUUGUUCUCAAAGCAAAGGGAAUCCUACAAGACCUUUGCAGACUUAAGAUAGGAUGGGACGACGUCAUUCCUAUACCGUCCCAGAAAGACUGGACCAAAUGGUUGUCAGAACUACAAAGGCUUGAGGAAAUGAAGAUAAGAAGGUGCAUUCAACCCAAGGAUAGUGAUCAGAAUGCAAUAUCCCAAAUACACCACUUCUCAGAUGCCAGUCAAAAGGGUUAUGGAACUGUUUCCUAUUUAAGACAAGUCAGUACCACUGGAAAAGUUAAUUACUCAUUUCUUAUUAGCAAGUCUAGAGUUGCUCUACUUAAGACCAUCACAAUCCCAAGAAUGGAGCUAUCAGCUGCGACUUUAGCAAUACGAGUGGACAGCAUGCUCAAGCGUGAGCUGGACAUUUCAGUUGAUCAAACCUACUUCUGGACAGACAGCAUGUCAGUUUUAAGAUACAUCGCCAAUGAUUCAAAGCGAUUCCACACCUUUGUAGCAAAUAGGCUAUCAGUGAUUCAUGAAGGGUCAGCCCCAUCACAAUGGAAAUAUGUGGAUACUCAAAACAAUCCCGCAGACGAAGCAUCUCGAGGACUGUCAAUAGAUGCAUUUCUGAAAGAUUCCAGAUGGAUUUCUGGACCAGGGUUCUUAUGGGAAAAUCAAGAAAUGUGGCCCCAGCAGACACACAUUUCAAAUGACAUUCCAAUGAAAGAUGUGGAAUUAAGGAAGCUUGCUCAGGUCAACCAGAUAGAAUACAGCAAGCCAUGCAAAGAAGUAGAUAGCCUUAUCAGUCGCUAUUCGGACUGGUUUGCUCUAAAGAAGGCUAUUGCAUGGGUACUCAGGAUACGGGAAGAACUCCUAGAUCGGAGUAAAAUGAAGAAGGCAGGUUUAACACCACAGAAAAGGAAGCCUGUCGUGUUGACAGUAACAGAAUUGGAAGAAUCUGAGAAAGCCAUUAUAUGGUAUGUUCAACAGCAGAACUUUUCAAGUGAGCUUGAAAGACUUACCUCAAACAAUGGACUUAAUCUGAACAAAGGCAGUCCAAUCUCCAAGCUUGAUCCAUUUGUAGAAGAUGGUAUAAUUAGAGUGGGUGGACGUUUAAGUAGGGCCAACAUGCCAGAGAGCGCGAUGCACCCAGUGAUUCUACCAAAGAAAUCUCAUGUGUCAGAACUGAUAAUUCGUCACAUCCAUCGUGAGUGUGGACAUUCAGGCAGAAACUUUGUACUUUCAAAAUUGUUUGAGAAAUAUUGGAUUAUCAAAGCCAAUGCAGCAGUGAGACAAGAGCUACACAGAUGUGUGACUUGCCGCCGUACCCAUGCUGAAGCAGGUAAUCAAAAGAUGGCUGACUUGCCUGCUCACCGUGUGACUCCCGAUGAACCUCCGUUCACCUUUGUUGGAGUGGAUUACUUUGGUCCAUUCGACGUAAAAUGCAGAAGAAAGCACGAAAAAAGAUUUGGAGUUUUGUUCACGUGCCUUACAACACGUGCAGUGCACAUAGAAGUGGCACAUAGUUUAGACACUGACUCUUGUAUAAAUGCACUGCGUCGUUUCAUCGCUAGAAGAGGUCAAGUGAAAGUCAUCAGAUCAGAUAAUGGCACCAACUUCGUUGGAAGUGAACGUGAGUUAAGGGAAGAAAUUGAGAAAUGGAACAAAUGUCAGAUUCAACAAGAGAUGCUACAAAGAAGUAUUGAAUGGACAUUCAAUCCUCCGACUGGUUCCCACCAUGGUGGCGUGUGGGAGCGACAAAUCAGAACUGUGAGGAAGGUAUUAAGAUCACUCGUAAGAGAACAAACUUUGGACGAUGAAACUUUACGAACAGUGCUGUGUGAAAUAGAGGCUAUUGUUAACAAUAGACCUAUAUCCAAAGCAUCAAGUGACCCAAAUGAUUUGGAAGCACUCACUCCAAAUCACUUGCUGCUCAUGAAGAGAAAACCGAAUUUGCCGCCGGGUAUGUCUGACUUGGGUGGUUCAUAUCCAAGACGUCGGUGGCGCCAAGUGCAGUAUAUGGCGGAUUUGUUCUGGAAGAGAUGGUUAAGAGAGUAUCUGCCAUUACUACAAGAACGACAGAAGUGGGUGAAGAUAAGAAGAAAUUUGAAGAUUGGUGACAUCGUGCUCAUAGUGGACAAUACAGCACCUAGAAAUUCCUGGUCAAUGGGCAAAGUUGUGAAGCUUAUGCCAGAUAGAAAGGGUGUUGUUAGACGUGUCGAAGUGAAAACCCAGACAAAGGUUUUGGACAGACCAAUCAGCAAGCUGUGCUUGCUUCUUGAGAGUGACACUUAA